AUUUGUGUAAAAUAGAAGCUUCAACAAAUCACCCAAAAAACACAACACCCUCAUUCCUGCUCAUAUCUUCCUGGCAUACCAAUAAAACUUCAUCCACUCUCCAUACCUACAUACUAUACUGCCAUAUAUACAUCAUCAUCAUCAUCACUUUCAUCAUUUGUGAUCUAGGGUUCCUUGAUUUCAAUUAUAAUCUCAAUUUCAGUUUAAGAAGCCUCAUCGUACUUGAAUUAAUUGCUCAGCCUUUUUCAGGAUGGAUAACUUGAGCAACUUCUGGCAGUUGGGUGAUGAGCUUCGAGGAUUGCAAGUCUCUGAUGAACACAAGUGGUCGAUGGCUGCUUCAAAAUUAGCUGAGCAGACUCGUUCGAAGGUUGAACGAAGGAACAAUCUUGAUCUUUAUAAAGGAUCAAACGAAACAAGGCCACGGGAAAACCCUGGUUUUCAGGAAGAUAACAGAUAUGGAAGCCUAAACCUUAACAUGCUAAACAUGGAUAUAAAUAUGAAUGCUAGUGUUGCCAAAAGUUCUAUUGUAAACAGCAUGUACAACAUGAACACUGUCUAUCAGAAAAACAAUCUUAGCAACAUUGGUAAUAUGAAGGUUACCAACUACAACGUCAACAACAACGAAAAAAAUGGCAUGAACAGUGGUAACCACAACAAUAACCAUGACGCCAAUUCAAAUAAUGUUGUUGAUAAGAGGUUUAAGACCUUACCUGCUGCAGAGACACUCCCAAGAAAUGAAGUUCUUGGUGGAUACAUAUUUGUCUGUAAUAAUGACACAAUGCAGGAGGAUUUGAAGCGUCAACUAUUUGGCCUGCCACCAAGAUACAGAGACUCUGUUCGUGCAAUAACACCUGGCUUACCUCUGUUUCUUUACAACUACACUACUCAUCAGUUGCAUGGUAUUUUUGAGGCUUCAGGUUUUGGCGGUUCCAACAUUGAUGCUACUGCAUGGGAAGAUAAAAAGUGCAAAGGUGAAUCGAGGUUUCCAGCUCAAGUUAGGAUCCGUAUCAGAAAAAUCUGCAAGGCAUUGGAGGAAGACGCCUUUAGGCCUGUUUUGCAUCACUAUGAUGGCCCAAAAUUCCGUCUUGAGCUUUCUGUCCCAGAGACACUAGACUUGCUUGAUCUCUGUGAACAAGCCGGCGUGUAGAAGUGUUGAUGUAACAACCAUCAAACAUAACGGUGGUGUAGUAAUGUGAAUGUCUUAGGUUUCAUGUCUGCCUGUGUCCCUCAAUAGAUCUUUUCCGUAAAGCGCAAGCUUAGAGGUGAAGUCUUGUUUGAUCGGUUUGAGCUAUAAAGUGUGCCAAAUAAUAAAUUUAGUGGUGUGUGCAAGUGUGAUUCAAGUAGAUUCACACUCUUAUAUAGCAGUGCAUUCUGAAGACACUUAAUAUGAAGUGUCAAAAGAUGACCACAACUUUGAUGUGUUUGUAUUUUGAAUGAGAAUUGAACUCUAGACUGUAUCUUGUCUUAUGUGCUUUGAGGUAUUUUAGUAGGGCUGUAUGCUUAUAGAAAGGUCACUUGAUUAUAUGUUACAUAAUUGGACAAUGCAUCUCUAAAUAUAUAUCGGUGCUUUAGUAUGAA